AUGGCAGCAGAACUCGUUGGUGGUGCUCUUAUUUCUGCUUUCCUUCAGGUUGUGUUUGACAGGGUGUGUUCUCCUGAAGUUUUAGACUUCUUUAUUGGAAGAAAACUUGAUGAGAAGCUGCUCAGCAAUUUGAACAUCUUGCUGCACUCCGUCAAUUCUCUGGCUGAUGAUGCAGAACAAAAGCAGUUCAGAGAUCCACAUGUCAAAGCAUGGCUUUUGGCUGUCAACGAGGCUGUCUUUGAUGCAGAGGAUCUCUUGGAUGAAAUAGACUAUGAACUCACCAAAUGCAAAGUGGAAGCAGAAUCUUCACCUCAAAACUUGACUUACAAGGUAUCCAAUUUCUUCUAUUCUACUUUCCGUUCAUUUAACAAGAAAGUUAACUCCUGGAUGGAAGAUGUCAUAACAAAAUUAGAAUAUCUUGCAAAGAAAAAGGAUGCUCUUGGCCUGCAACGGUAUAGUUAUUCUGAAGUGCCACAGAAAUUGCCAUCAUCUUCUUUGGUGGUUGAAAGUGUUAUUUAUGGCAGAGAUGCCGACAAACAAAUUAUCUUUAAUUGGCUCACUUCGAAAACUGACAAUCAUAACCAUCCAUCCAUACUUUCCAUUGUGGGCAUGGGUGGAUUGGGUAAGACCACACUCGCCCAGCAUGUGUACAAUGACCCCAAGAUCGACGAUGCAAAAUUUGAUAUCAAAGGCUGGGUCUGUGUUUCAGAUCAUUUUGAUGUUUUGACAGUGACGAAAACAAUUCUUGAGUCAAUCACUGGUAAAAAAGAUGAUAGUGGGAACCUAAACAUGGUUCACAAAAAUCUGAAAGAAAAUUUGUCAGGAAAGAAAUUUCUUCUUGUUUUGGAUGAUGUUUGGAAUGAAAGACGAGAAGAAUGGGAAGCUGUGCAAACUCCUCUUAGCUAUGGGGCUCCAGGAAGUAGAAUUCUUGUCACAACACGUGCUGAGAAAGUUGCUUCUAACAUGAGGUCUAAAGUGCAUCACCUAAAGCAAUUAGAAGAGGAUGAAUGCUGGAAGGUUUUUGAAAAACAAGCACUAAAAGAAGAUGAUCUUGAAUUGAAUGAUGAGAAAAAGAAGAUUGGUAGAAGCAUAGUUGAGAAGUGCAAAGGAUUACCCUUAGCUUUGAAAACAAUUGGAUGUCUUCUCCGCACAAAAUCGUCCAUUUCGUAUUGGAAAAGCGUAUUGGAAAGUGACAUAUGGAACUUACCUAAAGAACUUGAAAUUAUCCCUGCUCUGCUAUUGAGUUAUCAGCACCUUCCUUCUCAUCUCAAGAGGUGUUUUGCUUAUUGUGCAUUAUUUCCGAAAGGUUAUGUUUUUAACAAGAAAGAGUUAAUUUUGUUAUGGAUGGCUGAAGGUUUUCUCCGUCACUCUCAACAUAUCGAGAAUGUAGAAGAGAUUGGUGAACAAUAUUUCGAUGAUCUAUUAACGAGGUCUUUUUUUCUUCAAUCAAGCAUUAAAAUGCAAUUUGUCAUGCAUGACCUUUUGAAUGAUUUGGCAAAAUAUGUUUGUGGAGACUUUUGUUUCAGGUUGAAAUUUGAUAAAGGAAACUAUAUACCCAAGACAACCCGUCAUUUUUCAUUUUCAUUCGAUGACCUAGAAUAUUUUGAUGGUUUAGGGAAUUUAACUAAUGCUAAAAGACUGCGUUCAUUUCUUCCAAUUACAAGUAAUAUUUCCUUUAGUGGUAUCCCUAAUCAGUUCAAGAUUUUGAUACAUGAAUUGUUCUCCAAGUUCAAGUUUUUACGCGUCUUAUCUUUCAAUGGAUGUUCUGAGCUUACAGAGGUCCCUAAUACUAUUUGUAAUCUUAAACAUCUCCAUUCGAUAGACCUUUCGUAUACUCAUAUACAAAAGCUACCCGAUUCAAUAUGUUUGCUCUAUAACUUGCUAAUACUGAAGUUGAACUAUUGUGUAUAUAUGGAGGAAUUACCCUCAAAUUUGCAUAAACUCACCAAAUUGUGUUGCCUGGAAUUUAAAAGAACAAACGUGACAAAGAUGCCAAUGCAUUUUGGAGAAUUGAAAAAUCUUCAUGUACUGAGUACAUUUUGUGUUGAGAGAAAUGGUGAGGUCAGUAUUAGGGAGCUAGGAGGACUCAAUCUUCAUGGAAGGCUAUCAAUCAAUGAGGUGCAGAAUAUUGUGAAUCCUUUGGAUGCAUUAGAAGCAAAUUUGAAAAAUCAACACCUUGUGGAACUUGAGUUAAAAUGGAAUUCGAAUCGCAUCCCCGAUGAUCCAAGGAAAGAAAAAGAAGUUCUCGAGAAUUUACAUCCUUCCAAUCACUUGGAGCAUUUGUCAAUUAGGAGCUAUUAUGGUACACAAUUUCCAAAUUGGGUAUUCGAUAAUUCGUUAUCAAAUUUGGUGUUCUUACAAUUGGAGAACUGUAAAUAUUGCCUAUGCUUGCCUCCCCUUGGACUAUUGUCUUCUCUGAAGUCCCUCCUGAUUAGAGGGCUUGAUGGAAUAGUGAGCAUUGGUGAUGAAUUUUUUGGGAGCAACUCUUCUUCGUUCACGUCCUUGGAAAGAUUGGAAUUCUACCAGAUGAAGGAAUGGGAAGAAUGGGAAUGUAAAACUACUUCUUUUCAACGUCUUCAACAACUUUCUACCAAUCAAUGUCCUAAGCUGAAAGGUAUGCCAGAGAGACUUCUUCAUUUAAAGAAUCUAUUUAUUGAUUCUUGUGAUAAGCUCAUAAUUAGCGUAAACACCAUGGACACAAAGUCACUUCAAAUCUUGAGUAUUCGUUCAUGCCCACUUGUGAAUAUCCCCGUUACCCAUUACAAUUGCCUUGAACGAAUGACAAUUGAUGAUGGCUGCGACUCUCUUACAAUCUUUCCGCUAGAUUUCUUUCCAAAGCUCCGUUUACUUCGAUUGCGAAGGUGCCAAAACUUGCGAAGAAUUUCACAAGAGCACGCUCAUGAUCAUCUCAACGAACUGACAAUUACCGAUUGCCCUCAAUUUGAAUCAUUUCCCACGGAGAAUUUGAAGUUGUUGCCAAAACGCAUGAAAAUCCUACUUCCGUCUCUUACUGCGCUGCAGAUAAUUGACUGUCCACAAGUAGAGAUGUUCCCAAGGGGAGGUUUGCCAUCAAACAUAAAACAUGUGUCUCUUUCAAGUUUGAAACUUAUCACAUCCCUAAGAGAGACCUUGGAUGUGAACAUAUGUCUUGAAAGGUUGUAUAUUGAAAAGGUGGAUGAGGAUUGUUUUCCGGAUGAAGGUUUGCUGCCACCCUCUCUUGCUUCUGUAGCAAUCUAUGAUUGUCCAAAUCUCAAAACGCUGAGUUACAAUGGUCUCUGCCACCUCUCCUCUCUCACACUUCAUAAGUGCCCUAGCCUUCAAUGCUUACCAAAGGAGGGUCUGCCCAAAUCCAUCUCUGCUCUUGAAAUCUGGAACUGUCCAUUACUCGAACUACGUUGUAAGAAUCCAGAAGGCGAAGAUUGGGGAAAGAUUGCUCACAUCGAAAAACUGAUGGUUUGGUAA